UAUAUCUGCGCCAGAUCGCGUCCAUGCGUUCGCACGCGAACUCCAGGACAACGGCACGAAGUCCAAUGCCUUGAUCACCAGAUCGUCGAAAAAGGCAAGAUGGCUGUCGAGAAGACUACACCAAACGGCCACGCUGCCGCUAGUGUCGGCACCAGUUUCGAUGUUAUCAUUAUUGGCGCAGGCGUCUCCGGAAUCAACGCUGCGUAUCGCCUUCAGAGCGAGCUUCCGAACUACAGCUACGCCCUCCUCGAGGCGCGCGAUAACAUCGGCGGGACAUGGGAUCUCUUCAAGUAUCCUGGCAUCCGUUCCGACUCCGACCUCUUCACCUUCGGAUUCUCUUUCAACCCUUGGGACCAAAAUAAACCUAUCGCAGAGGGCGGGUCGAUCGCCAAAUACCUCAAGGACACCGCGACCAAGUAUGGAAUCGACGAGCAUAUCCAGUAUGGUCGACGGCUUAAGACCGCAAACUGGUUGACGGAGAGCAGGACCUGGUCGCUCGACGUGGAACACGAGGGCGCGAAUAUUUCAUACACAGCUCGCUUUGUGAUUUUCAGCACGGGUUACUACAAUUACCAUCAACCUCUAGAAGCUAAGAUCCCCGGUAUCGAGAACUUCAAGGGCCAGGUCAUCCAUCCGCAGUUCUGGCCAGAGGGCCUUGAUUACAGCGGCAAAAAGGUCGUCAUUAUUGGCAGCGGGGCGACUGCGAUCACUCUGCUUCCCAACAUAGCGGAAAAGGCUGAACGGGUAACGAUGCUGCAGCGCAGUCCAACAUACAUCUUGUCAGUUCCGAACAUCUCAAAGUCGUGGCUCGCAUACAUCCUGCCCACUGUGAUCUCGCGCAAGUUGCAGCGCAUUUCUUGGAUCAUCACCACCCGCCUCUUCUACCUCUUCUGUCAAGGCUUCCCUCGUCUAUCUCGAUGGAUCUUCCGCCAGAGAAUUCGCCGAGAGCUUCCUAAGCAUAUUCCUUUAGAUCCCCACUUUCAGCCACGAUACAAUCCUUGGGACCAGCGCGUCUGCAUCUGUCCAGAUGGCGAUUUCUUCAAGAGUCUGCGCUCGGGGCGGGCCGACGUCAAGACCGACACCAUCAAAACCAUGACAAAGAAUCGAAUUGAACUCAAUUCCGGUGACAGUGUGGAUGCCGACAUCAUUGUUACUGCUACGGGUCUGCAGCUGUUGUUCGCCGGUGGUGCCAAGGUCUCUGUUGAUGGAAAGGAGAUAGACGCGCCCAGCAAGUAUCUCUGGAACGGUGUGAUGGUCCAGGAUAUUCCCAAUGCGUCAUUCGUUAUCGGAUAUACAAACGCAUCAUGGACGCUGGGUGCUGAUGCUACGGCGUUGUUCAUCUGCCGCCUGCUCAAACUUAUGGAGAGCAAGGGUGCAUCUGCGGUCGUACCCAAGGUGCAGCCAGGCGAAAAAUUGGAGGACCGGCCUCUGUUGAAUCUGAAAUCGACAUAUCUCACCUCUGCCCCGCAGAAGCUGCCCAAGGCGGCCGACAAGGCGCCCUGGCUGGCCCGCGACAACUACAUCAGCGAUCUAAUGUUUGCAAAGUAUGGGAAGAUCGAUAACUCCUUGGAAUUCCUGAGCGGCUCCUCAGUGAAGUUGCAGAAGGCAUUGUAGUGAUGGGAUUCGGGAUAAUGGAAGGACAGGAAGGUUAGGCUAGGCACUUUGGCGAAUUUUGCUAUCUAUGAUUCGGUUUCUGGCUGCGUCGAUAUACGCUCAUGUAUUUACGUUUUCUCUAUGCAUAGCCCCCCAACUGGAUACCCUCGACAAUUAGUUGACAAGAGAAGAUUGAAUCUCUCUCGGUAUUGGUAUUUGGCAGCAAAUAUCUAUCACCAUCUGAACGAGGCUUUCCCCUUUGCAUGUGCAUUCUAUACUA